ACUGUCCAAACAUCCCAAACCACCUUGGUCCGCAGGAAGUGACGCACACUCAAAGACGACGUGCUUCCGGUCCCAAAGCCGCUGCUGAGGGAACGGGCUUCUCUGGCACGCUGACUCUGCUGCUCUGGAGGAUUCACGUGUGCUUUGAUACAGUACCCCUGGUGAAACCAUGACCAGAUGGGCCCGAGUUACUACCGCACAUAACAAAAGACCCUUGCCUGCAACAUCAUGGGAGGAUAUGAAGAAGGGAUCCUUUGAGGAAAAAAGCCAAAGCCUCCCAAAGAAUAAACAACUUAAAGCCAAUAGACUGUCCCUUAAAAAUGAUGCACCUCAAGCAAAACACAAAAAGAACAAGAAGAAAAAGGAGUACUUAAAUGAAGAUGUGAAUGGAUUCAUGGAAUACCUAAGACAAAACUCUCAGAUGGCUCACAAUGGGGAGACAAUAGCAACAAACAGUCAGGAAGUAAGGGAAGAAAUUGCAGUUGCUUUGAAAAAAGAUAGUCGCAGGGAAGGAAGACGAUUAAAAAGACAAGCAGCAAAGAAAAAUGCAAUGGUAUGUUUUCACUGUAGAAAACCUGGCCAUGGGAUUGCAGAUUGCCCAGCCGCCCUUGAGAAUCAAGAUAUGGGCACUGGGAUAUGUUACCGAUGUGGAUCUACAGAGCACGAGAUAACCAAGUGCAAGGCUAAAGUAGACCCAGCUCUCGGUGAAUUUCCUUUUGCAAAAUGCUUUGUUUGUGGGGAAAUGGGGCACCUGUCCAGAUCUUGCCCUGAUAAUCCCAAAGGAGUCUAUGCUGAUGGUGGUUGCUGCAGACUUUGUGGCUCUGUGGGACAUUUUAAGAAAGAUUGCCCUCAAAGUCAGAAUUCAGAUCGAAUGGUUACAGUUGGUCGCUGGGCAAAGGGAAUGAGUGCGGACUAUGAAGAAAUUUUGGAUGUGCCUAAACCACAGAAACCCCAAACAAAGAUACCUAAAGUUGUUAAUUUUUGAUAAUGAUCAGUACUAUCAUAAAUUACCGCCUCGUUACAUUCUGAACUGGGCCUUCUUCACAAGCUGGAGCUGGGCUCCCGGGGAGAGGCCUGUGUCAUAGGUGUCAGUGUGGUCUGCGUGUUCAAACCGUUUCCUGAGUCCUGUCCAUCAGGGAGUACUCAUGCUGCGUGCAGAAAGUCACUGAAGAAAAGCAUAAGAUGUUUAAAUUGCAUUCUUUAAGAUAAAUUUUUUUAACAGAUGGAACUUAGGUGUAUGUAAGUGGUUACAUAGCUAAUUGUAACAAUCCUGUUUUCCUUAAAAACAAAAUUAUGCACUCAUCUGAACCACCCCUAAACAAAGGUAACUGCUGUACAUUUGGGAAUGAAUUUUUAGCUAUAUUGUUUUUCAGGUUCAAAGUAUCAGUUUAUUUAUAAGUUGCCAAAAAAUCUGUAUUUUUACAAUCUUUAAUAAAAAUUUAUUUGCUAUUUUACUGAAUAACUAAUUUUGGAUUUAACUAGCCCUUGUCCAUUAACAAUCUCUUUGGUUAAUUUGGGUUAAUUUUUGUUUCAGUUUUCACAUAAAGAAUUACACACAAGCAUUUUUCAGAUUAAAAUGGAAGAGCUCUUUUUUUUGCCCUUGAUUUUCAAGAAAGAAAUUCCAGCCAAAAUUCAGUUUGAGGUAUUUAACCAGGGUGAUGGCACAUAGCAAAUUGUACAUCAUACAUAAUAGCAUUUUGUUCAUAUGUUUUGGAGUCAGGGUGAGAUGCAAGUAUCACCGUAGCAGAGUUAGAACACUAAUCAGAGACCCAUUAUCUUCUUUGAUGUGAUGAAUACAUGCAUACUUAAUACAUGUAUUUCACAGGGCUUAAGGCUCCCAUUGUACUGUAUAAUGGAAUGACUAGUGGAUUGUGUAUUUCAUUUCGAAUUUUACCUGAUUGGAUACAUUUGUAACUAAAGGGAACAGCUGUGAUUAGUUACUGAUGCUUCAAAGGCAAAAUAUUUACCAAAUAAGAAACACUUUUCUUUU